AUGUCACCUCUGGUAAUGAUCUCAUUUGGAUGGGAUGGUCAGUUGACCGUCAAAAUUCUGGCAGUAUGCAUGGGUCUCGUUGGAGUACUGGCCCUUGGCGUCGCUGCAGCGUUCUUCUUCUGCCGAAAUCUCAUCUCGCCGAGAGUGGCCUUCUUAGUAGCGGUCAUGAUUUCGGUGGUCAUGUAUCUGCUCUCGUAUCCCUAUGCAAUGACCAGCCAUCCUGUGCAUCCAUACAACGAGACUGUUGGAACUGGCUGCGAUCCGAAACAGUACACAUGGUGUGAUACAGCUUACGCCACAUGGCCAGGAGUUUUUCUGCCGAUCAUAUGUAUUGUGAUGGGUGUAGGUGUUCCCACAGCGCAAAUCUCGCUCGACACAAUCUACUCAAAAAUUCUUGGCAACAUCGAUCAGCCUGCCGUAAAGGAUGUGGUAAAGGACGUACAUCUCUGCGACAAAGUGUCACAGUUUAACCAAGCAAAAUUCAACGAGAUCUCGUCUAAACACCAGCCACAUGCUAAACAUGGUUCGAAGAAAGAGGAGAAGAAGAAGGAUCAUCCGAAGCCAGCCCCGAAGGCGAAGGAACCAGAAGCUGACGACGGUGCUGAAGACGGCGCCAUUAUCGAGAAAGCGAAGGACCCAUUCGCAGAAAUGCCAAAGGGAACAUUCGUGAUGGAUUCUUUCAAACGGGUGUAUUCAAACGAGGACACUGCAACGAAAGCGAUCCCUUACUUCUGGGAUAACUUUGACGCCGAAGCGAAUUCCAUCUGGUUCUGUGAAUACAAGUACCCGACGGAGCUCACACUUACCUUCAUGAGCUGUAAUCUCAUUUCUGGUAUGUUCCAACGGCUGGAGAAGCUCAAAAGAACGCUUUUGCCUCGAUGA